AUGGGGUGUAAUACGUCUAACUUAAGCGACAAAGCUAAUUCUAUCGAUUCACAAGGUUCGCAGACAGAAUUUCAAUACGUUGCUGGUAGAAGAUUUCAUAAUGUAGAAAAUUCCUUCUAUGCUCUACCAAAUGAUGAAGAUGAACAAGAUAGAUUACACUUACAACAUUUUUUGAUAAGAUAUAUUUGGCAAAGCAACUUUUCUGCUCCCACAGAACAUAUUAUAUCUAAAUCAGGAUCCAAAAUUCUAGAUGUUGGGUGUGGCGCUGCGUCAUGGUCAUUUGAUGUGGCAACCGCAUAUACAUUGGCUGAAGUUGUUGGGAUAGACAUAUCACCAUACCAACCCACACAGAUAAAACCUAAAAAUUUUACUUUCAUUAAGGCAAAUGUUCUAGAAGGAUUACCAUUCGAAGAUAACACUUUCGAUUUUGUAUUUCAACGAUAUUUGGUUGCUAGUUAUCCAAAAGAUAAGUGGCCAUUCAUAGUGAAUGAAUUGGUCAGAGUUUUAAAGCCAGGUGGAUUCUUAGAGCUGUGUGAAUUUUCCUAUUUGUUUGAUGCUGGGCCUGCUGAUCAGCUUUUAUGGUUUACAGCUGCAAAGUUAAUGAAGGAAAAGGGCGUAGAUUGGAAUACAUAUCAAAAGUUAAAAGAAUAUGUACAAACUCAAGGUCAAUUAGAAAAUAUUAAAAAAGAAGUAAAAACAUGCUAUCAUGGUGUAAAGGCAAAUAAUGUUGAACUUAGUAAAGUGGCUAUCAGAAAUAUGACUGAUUUAUAUUCUUCUCUUAAGCCAAUGCUAAUGAAAACGCUAAAAAUUUCCGAUAAUGAAUAUGAUAAGUUGGUUAAAGCAUCAAAAGAUGAGCUAUUUGAGUAUGAUACUUAUUACCAUAUAGUUCGUGUUUAUGCACAAAAACUUAAUUCUAAUAAUGUUAAUUAA